AUCUCUAAAGCGCUUCUGAUUGGCUCGUCCAUCAAUUAGAGUCUCGCCGAGAUUAGUAAUGUUCAAGAAAAAUAAAAUUAGUAAAACACAAAAUAAUAAACCAGUGAACUUACCCAUAUCAAAUUUACCAGUCUGUGGUAGUGAAUCGAAAAUAAUCACUCAUAGAAAAUGUGUACCUGAUGGAGCUCCACUGUCUGUUGCAUCAUUUCAACCAAAUGCAAAGCCAUUUAUAACCAGUUCAUCAUUUAUUCCUACUAGUUCCACAUUGUCCUCUUCAUUGUAUAUGGAAAACUUGUCGGUAAGGAUUUGGGAAUUAUAUAGUAGCUCAAGACAAAGUCCUUUAAAAUAUGAAAAGAAAGUUCAUCUACUUAAUGCUUUACAUAUGGUUAUAUCAGGAGUGUUCGAAAAUGCUGGCCUGUAUAUUGUUGGCUCUUCAAUAAAUGGUUUCGGUUCAAAUCAAAGUGAUAUGGAUAUGUGUUUACUUGUAACAUCACGCGAUUUACAUCAGAAAAAUGAAGCUACGUUUAUAUUAAGUCGACUUUUACAAUCUUUAAGAAAAUGUCGUUUCCUUUAUAAAUUCACCUUAAUUCGUGCUAAAGUUCCAAUUAUCAAAUUUCGUGAUAGAUAUACCGGUAUUGAUUGUGAUUUAAAUGUAAAUAAUGUAAAUGGAUUAUAUAAUACAUAUUUAUUAGCUAUGUAUGCAAAAAUUGAUUGGCGUGUUAGACCAUUGGGAAUUUUCAUUAAACAUUGGGCUCAAUGUUUGGAUAUUCAUGAUGCUCAACGUGGUCGUCUAUCCACCUAUUGUUUACUUCUAAUGCUUAUUCAUUAUCUUCAAACCGCUUGCAUUCCACCAAUUCUACCUAAUUUGCAAGAAAAGUUUCCAAAUUUAUUUAAUUACACCAUGGGACCAUAUGAAUUAGAUAUGAAUAUUGAACUUCCAUGGAAUGAAUUACAAUCAAAUAAUUCUAAUAGUUUAGCUGAAUUAUUUACUGGAUUUAUUUAUUAUUAUACAAAUCAAUUUGAUUUUAAUAAAUGGGCUAUUACAAUUCGUCAUAAAACACCAUUAAUGAAACAUAUAGCUAUGAAACAUUUACCACCCUAUGAACAAGGUUAUAUUGUACGAAAUUGUAAAAUUUUCAUUGAAGAACCAUUCUCUCAAGCAAAUGCUGCACGAUCAGUACAUUCUGAUAAUAUUGUAUCAUAUAUUAAACAAGCAUUUAUUAAAACAAAUGAAAUUCUCUCUGAUCAAUAUCCUUUAGAGUCAAUUAUGAAUAUAAGGAACAAUUAAUUUAUAUUGAUUAUUGGGAUAAAGAAAAAUAUCGAUUAGAUAAUAUUAAUAAUAAUAUGUGAAUAUUUAUACUCGAUGGAGAAUGUUGUUGCCUGACGGUGUAUACUCUUCCACGAGGGGUAACCGUUGUAUGUAUGUAAGUAAUGACAAGUAUUCUAGGAAGAGUUGGAUAGUGGUUGACAACUGAUGAAUCCUAACUAGGACGAAAUGCACAUCUUAUAUUUUACUAUUGAAGCUAUUAUUCAACUGCCUAAUAAUGUUCCUAUAUCGUCAACACAUACAUAUUUCCCUGCUUGUAUGAACAUGCAUGAUUGAGCACAUUUGACAGCCUACAUAUAUAUUUCUCUUUAUUGUUUAAAUAUCAGUUGAUGCUGUACAGAAAUAAACUGUUACAACAAUUU